GAGAGAAUGCAGUUAGCCAGGAGCCUGCAGAAAUUCCUCCAAGCAGAGGGUGGCUCGUAGGAGGAGUUCAGUUUGCUAAGUAAGUACUGUCAUUUGCUGAAAGAAGGUGUGUGCUCCAGAGGGAGUUUUAACCUGGAGGAUCAUUAAGUCUUUCAGUCAGCUGGUGAGCGGCGGUGGCUGGGCAAGUUCAGUUCGUCCUGGACGCAUCUGCUCCAGAAGGUCAGGGAGGAGUGGAAUCACUUUUCCAUGGGGGACCACUUUGAGAAGGGCCAGCAAGCUUUGCUCAAUGAAGGAGAAGAGAAUGAGAUGGAAAUAUUUGGCUACCGGACUCAGAGCUGCCGGAAAACCCUCUGCCUUGCUGGAUCUAUCUUCUCCUUUGGGAUCCUCCCCUUGGUGUUUUACUGGAGACCCGCUUGGCACGUGUGGGCAAAUUGCAUCCCGUGUUCCUUGCAAGAAGCAGACGUCGUGUUGCUGAGGACAACAGAUGAAUUCCAAACUUACGCUUGGAAAAAGGUAGUGUGGAUCUGCCUGUCAGCAUUGAACAGUGCAUUUCGGCUCAUUCCUGAUCACCCUCUCAUCACAGAUGAGGAAUAUAUCAUAAAUAGAGCCAUAAGAAAGCCAGACCUAAAGGUGAGAUGCAUAAAAGUGCAGAAAAUAAGAUAUGUUUGGAACAACUUAGAAGGACAGUUCCAGAAAAUUGGCUCUUUGGAAGACUGGCUCAGUUCUGCCAAGAUACAUGUAAAGUUUGGAUCAGGUCUAACAACAGAAGAACAAGAGAUUAGGAGGUUAAUAUGUGGGCCAAAUACUAUCGAUGUUGAAAUCACACCCAUCUGGAAACUGCUCAUCAAGGAGGUUUUAAAUCCAUUUUACAUAUUUCAGCUCUUCAGUGUCUGUCUGUGGUUUAGCGAAGACUAUAAGGAGUAUGCUUUUGCUAUCGUAAUCAUGUCGAUCAUUUCCAUCGCUUUGACCGUAUAUGAUCUCAGAGAGCAAUCUGUAAAGCUCCACCAUUUAGUUGAAUCACAUAAUAGCAUUACAGUCUCUGUAUGUGAGAAAAAGGCUGGAGUCCAGGAGCUGGAAUCACGCUUCCUGGUACCUGGAGAUCUAUUAAUUUUGACGGGGAACAAAGUGCAAAUGCCAUGUGAUGCCAUCCUGAUAGAUGGAAGCUGUGUGGUAGAUGAAGGCAUGCUGACAGGAGAAAGCAUUCCGGUCACUAAAACUCCAUUACCUAAGAUGGAUAGCUCUGUGCCCUGGAAAACGCAGAGUGAAGCGGAUUACAAACGGCAUGUCCUCUUCUGUGGAACAGAGGUUAUCCAGGCCAGGGGGGCUUGCUCUGGCACCGUGAAAGCAGUAGUACUGCAGACAGGAUUCAACACUGCAAAGGGGGACCUCGUGAGAUCUAUUCUGUACCCGAAGCCGAUGAACUUUAAGCUCUACAGGGAUGCCAUCAGGUUCCUCCUGUGCCUCGUAGGGACAGCCACCAUUGGGAUGAUCUAUACUUUGUGCGUCUAUGUGCUCAGUGGGGAACCUCCGGAGGAGGUGGUGAAGAAAGCCCUUGAUGUCAUCACAAUUGCGGUUCCUCCCGCUCUACCUGCUGCCCUGACCACAGGCAUUAUCUAUGCCCAGCGGAGGCUGAAGAAGAGAGGCAUCUUUUGUAUUAGCCCCCAGAGGAUUAAUGUAUGUGGACAAUUAAACCUUGUCUGCUUUGACAAGACAGGUACCUUAACAAGGGAUGGCUUGGAUCUCUGGGGAGUCGUGCCUUGUGAUAGGAGUGGCUUCCAGGAAGUCCACAGCUUUGCCUCGGGCAAGGCUUUGCCAUGGGGCCCACUGUACGCAGCCAUGGCCAGCUGCCAUUCUCUGAUCCUCCUGGAUGGGACCAUCCAUGGAGACCCACUGGACCUCAAAAUGUUUGAAGCUACUACCUGGGAAAUGGUGGUUUCCGGGCAUGAUUUCCACAUCAAGGGAGCGCCGGCAUGCGCCAUGGUUGUUAAGCCCUGCAAAACAGCCAGCCAGGUCCCAGUGGAAGGAAUUGCAAUCCUGCAUCAGUUCCCAUUCUCGUCAGCGCUGCAGAGGAUGACAGUCAUUGUCCAAGAGAUGGGGGGUGACUGGCUGGCGUUCAUGAAAGGUGCACCAGAGAGGGUGGCCAGCUUUUGCCAACCUGAGACAGUACCAACUAGUUUUGUUAGUGAACUUCAGAUUUACACGACACAGGGCUUCCGGGUCAUAGGACUGGCCUACAAAAAGCUGGAAAUGGACCAUCAUACCACUGCCUUGAUGAGGGACCAGGUAGAAUCAGACCUGAUAUUUCUGGGAUUGCUGAUCUUGGAGAAUCGACUGAAGGAAGAGACAAAACCUGCCCUGGAAGAGCUCAUCUCAGCCCGGAUAAGGACUGUAAUGAUCACAGGUGACAAUCUUCAGACUGCAAUAACAGUGGCCAGAAAGUCUGGAAUGGUUUCUGAAAGCCAGAAAGUCAUUCUCAUUGAAGCAAAUGAAACUACUGAGUCCUCAUCAGCAUCUAUAUCUUGGCAAUUAGUCGAAGAGAAGAAACAUAUUGCUUAUAGGAAUCAGGACAAUUACAUUAACAUCAGGGAAGAAGUCUCUGAUAACAGCAGAGAGGGAAGUUACCAUUUUGCCCUAAGUGGAAAAUCCUUCCAGGUUAUAAGUCAACAUUUCAGCAGCCUACUGCCAAAGAUAUUGAUCAAUGGGACCAUCUUUGCAAGAAUGUCUCCAGGGCAGAAAUCCAGUCUGGUGGAAGAAUUUCAGAAACUAGAUUACUUUGUAGGUAUGUGUGGUGACGGAGCCAAUGACUGUGGGGCUUUGAAAAUGGCUCACGUGGGCAUCUCUUUAUCAGAGCAGGAGGCAUCUGUGGCCUCACCUUUCACUUCCAAAACUCCAAACAUUGAAUGUGUACCUCACCUUAUCAAGGAAGGACGUGCAGCUCUCGUUACCUCGUUUUGCAUGUUUAAGUACAUGGCUCUGUACAGCAUGAUUCAGUAUGUUGGUGUUCUGCUGCUCUACUGGGAGACAAACAGCCUUUCAAAUUACCAGUUUCUGUUCCAGGAUCUGGCCAUUACAACUCUUAUUGGUGUAACAAUGAAUUUGAAUGGUGCCUAUCCCAAGCUGGUGCCUUUCAGACCUGCAGGACGGCUGAUCUCCCCGCCUCUGCUGCUCUCUGUGAUUCUCAACAUUCUUCUCAGCCUGGCCAUGCACAUUGUGGGCUUCAUUCUGGUUCAGAGGCAGCCUUGGUAUUCCAUGGGGAUGCACAGUACCUGCACAGUGCAAAAUGAGACCAUCUCAAAGUUAACCAUUUCUCCAACUGCUCCAGAUAAGAUCGGAAGUAAUGGUGUCUUCACAAGUUUUGAGAACACUACUGUAUGGUUCUUGGGAACAAUCAACUGUAUCAUUGUGGCUCUUGUCUUCUCUAAAGGAAAACCAUUUAGGCAGCCCACAUACACAAACUAUAUAUUUGUCCUUGUGCUGGUCAUACAGCUGAGUGUGUGUCUAUUCAUUCUAUUUGCCGAUAUUCCAGAAUUAUAUAGGCGUCUGGAUCUGCUCUGCACUCCUGUCCUGUGGAGGGUCUACAUUGUCAUUAUGCUCGGCUCCAAUUUCAUCGUGUCCCUUGCCGUGGAGGAGGCCAUCAUUGAAAAUAGAGCCCUGUGGAUGAUAAUCAAAAGAUGUUUUGGCUAUCAAUCAAAAAGCCAGUAUCGGAUAUGGCAGAGGGCCUUGGCAAAUGACCCCAGUUGGCCCCCCAUAAACCAGACCUCCUACUCUGACAUGCCGGCGUGUGGCAGGGGAGUGUCUUAUAGCAACCCGGUGUUUGAGAGCAACGAGGAGCAACUUUGAAGGCAAUGUGAUAUCCGAGUUUAUAUAACAUAGUAACGAUGACAAAAGGGACCAGUUUCAGUGAUUUGUUUUUAAGCAGUGAGACUCUUACAAUAUCAGCUAGAGUUUUUGGAAUCAAAAACCCCCUGCCCAAUCAUGGUGACAAAUUAAAGUCUUUUUGAUAAAAUACUUUCUACAGAGCAGAACACUGCCCUAGGAGAGUGUUUUUCUCUUGGCUUCUGAAAGUAUUAGAGAUGUUCAGUGAUUCAAGAAUGGUCCACGGAUGGCCAUGGGCCAAGAGAUUGAGAGGCUAAAGGAGAAGGAGAGUACGUAGUCUUUCUUCUUAGAUAAUAUAUUUUUUAAAUAAGUUGAGGGAAGGUAGCAUAGAAUUGUAAACAUGUUAAAGAUCAUUUUUGAAUUCUUAUUUCAUUGAUGGAAAAACAAAUGCAUGAGAACCAUCACACCACUCUUCACUGUCUGGUUUCCUUUCCUUUCUGGUACUUUUCAGAUUUGAGAUGUUUCCUUCCAUUUCUGGCCUUCCCCUAAGUAUUAGUAAGGAUAGGCUUAGCCGAGGCUGCAAUAACAAACAGCUCCGGUAUCUCAGUGUCUUAACACUCAAGAGCUUCUGUCUUGAGCCGGGUGGCCCUUUAGAAUAGCCCUCCUCGGAGUGGCGACUGCUCCAAUCUGAUGGCUCCGCCGACUCAACACAAGGACGCCAUGUAUAUUGCAAUGGGGAAGGAGGAUGGGAGCUCUUCACUGUGUCAAAGUGGUACACAUCUCUCCCAUCACUCACACCACACUAACCAGGGAUUUGGCAAAGAAACUGGGAAGCACAGUCUCCUGUAUUUAGGGCUGGCUUCAUGGGCAUACAAUCUGGCAGUCGCAUAGGGCCUCAUGCUCAGAAAGGUCCCAUUGUUGGUUUAAUACUCUGCUAUUGGCAUCUUGAAAGUGCUUAUUUUUAAUAAGGGUCCCCCAGAUUACAUAGUUGGUCUGACUUAUGUUCCUGGAAAAGAAAGGAAAGUAGCACAAAUCAAAGAGCACUAGAACUGUCCCCUAACCUCUGGCUCCUGACUCUGUGGACGUCUGUGUUUUAGGAACCCUGCGUCUCGUGUGCCCAAUUCCAGGAAUUUUUACUCCUCUGCUCUAUUAUUUUUGAGAAAAGUUAGUCUUGUGCUACAACAUUAUAUGUUAUCAUUAACAUAAGUCCUCAUACAACGUCCGCAUUUCUUAAGCUUGAGGCUUUAGAUUUCAGAAAACAAAAAUUUCCCUUAUUUUAUCCUUAGUACAAUUUGGUUAUAUUGAGCUCAGCAGACAACACUGAAUUCUAGGUAAACUUCCACAAAUAGUAUUUUAAAGCAAAAGCCACAUGUUCAUGACAAACAUCAAAUCCUAAGUGAAUGUUCCGGGCAGGGAGUGAGUCCCUGGCUGGUUGGCUACUUAAGAGCGUCUGCAAGCAUUCCCUUACCCGGCUUAACUCCUGAGCAUGGUUCUGGGACAUGGUGCAGAUAAUUCUGGAACAUGGUGUUUCUCAGCCACAAAGUUACCUUGUCGUCUCUGGGUUUAAAAUAGGGUGUGAAAAAUCAUUAGAGCAGGCUGCAGGACCUUUGUCUUAGUACAGAAAGAAAUGUUUCCUUGGACAAAGUCAGCCUUGGCAGUGAUAUGGAAGCUCUGAAUGUCUUUUUCUAAAACUGAUAGUUGUUCUCAUUUUUCGAAAGUUGUGGGCAGGGGCAAGCUGGAGAUAGUCUGCAGCGUAGUGACAAGCGAGUGUUGGGUGCACCAUUCAGACUCUGAAAAGCCGCUCACCAAGUGCUGUCACCUCCACUAGCCAUCUGAAUUACACAGUCCUCCUGGAACUCAGACAAGGAAGGGCUUCCCAUCAGCAUUUUACAGAUGAGAAAGCUGAGAUUCAGGGUGAGGAGAGCACACCCAGACCUUGGACACAAAUCUUCAGCGAACCUGAUGUUACCUCCAAAUACCUCCUAAUUACUAAGCUCCAACAGGGCAGGGGUGCGUGGUGUGAUCUCACAGUCAAACAAAGAGUGAAUUUCUUCUUUGCCAGGUGCAAGGAGGCAAGCCUUUGCUAAUACCAGGGCCUUCUGUUCAAAUGAAUGCAAGGCAUCCUGCCAGCCUUAGACUAGAGGUGUGUUAAAAACAAAACCAACCCCCAAACCACAGAUGUCUGUUUUUCUGCAAUUCUGAGCUGCUUUUAUCUUGAUCUGAAGUGAUUCCAUCCUCAGCAGAGGGAACAGGGACGGAGGACUCUAGCUCCUCACCAGCCAAACAGCCAUAAAACCUUGGCCAAAAGGGACUCAUUCUAAAGAUCGUUCCUGAGAUGAACUACAUCUUAGAGGCAGUGAGUGAAAGACCAGGAAGUGCUUAGCCUGGAAAAAUGGGUAUUCAGGGGACGCCAGAAUGGUAGUCAAACACUUGAAGGAGUUCCCGUGAGAGAGAAAGCUCUGACCUGGAUCCGGUGUCACCACCAGUGGGUGAAGAGCACGAUGGGAGUGGCUUCAGGCUGACACGAAGACCACUACCCUAACAGUCAGCACUGCCAGAGGUGGAAGUUGGUGACCUCUGUGUGCACUCUGCGACAUUGGUGUUUGCAGCAGAUAUUUAAAGACCAAUUCGCAAGGGAAGUCAAGUAUCAGAUGAAACUCAAUUACCUGCAGGAUUCCUUUCAGGCUUGAUACACCCAGUGUCUCAGUGUCACGCUGGGAUGCGAACCUUUUAUGACUGCUGCCCACACAGAAUAUCAGACUGACCUUGUGGGGGGCUAGGCUGGGGAGGUCCCAUGGUGAGGAUGCACAGACUGAUUGCUCUGUACCUUGGAAGGUGGCUUCUGAUGGGACAGGAACCUAGACAAAAGUUGCACAGAGCGGGGCCCUGACUGCCAAAUUGACAACUGGGGGAUACUUCUGAUGUGAGUAUUUUCUCAGAAAGAGGUGUUUGAAAAUUUUGAGAAAAAGAACAUGGGACAGUGCCCCAAACCCAAGGGCAGUGCUACCUGUGCCCGAUAUGCUUUCCUGACCAGGACUUGGAGGAGAAAAGGACAUAGUCACCUGGUCCAAACCACUUGGGAGGGUCCCUUGUAUGUUUACUCCAAGGUAUACGGCUCUUACCCAUAGAGAAGAACCCUGACUCCAGGCUCGCCUUGCUAAAUAUGGAAUGAUGGAAAUAGAGAAUGGAAGUACGGCUGUGCCUUGUACGUCCUUAUGUGCUCACAGAAGUGUGUGUUACACACUUGCAGAUGUGAUGACUGGAAAAAGGGAUUAUAUAUUCAGAGGCUUGUAUGUCGUUUAUGCGAUAAUAAUUUAUUCUGUAUGAAGGAGGCAAGUAAAAUCUAUCAUUCUGUUGUUCUAAAAUCAGUCUCUCUUUCUCCGCAGCGAAGUCUUUCAUUCUGGAUAAUAAAAUGUUGUGGUCUCCUCCAGUAAUGCUGAGUCAAAGCAACAUCUUUACAAAGUCCCAGGCAUUUCUAACACUGCAGAUGCUAUUAUUCCCUGCUUUGUUACAGGACGUUACAGUCUCCAAAACACCUGUACACUCGUGCUUUCAUUUAAGCCACAUAACAGUCUUAGGAGGAAGGCAGGGCAAGGACGACUAUCCUCCUUCUUUUCAUGAGGUACCAAAUCCCCCAAAGGCUUAGUAACUUGUCCGAGGACACACAGCUCGAGAGUGAAUGGACCGGAGCUGCCUUCAGACAUGGGACCUCUCUGCCUGCGAAGUCUCUGCUGUGUCACUCUUCCAUGUUGUUUUCCCCAGGAUGUUUGCAGCACCAACAAUCAAGGAGGCAAGCAAGGCAGCUGUACAAUGGAUUGCCAUCAUGAGUAUGAAUUCCUCCAGAAAGAGUUGUUAGUUUUCCUAGAAGUUCUCUUGGACCUAACCAUCAAUCACAGAAGAGGUCAACUCCCACAGCUGAGGGAGUAAAAUCAUAAAACCAGAGAUCUGUGAGCCUAUGUCAUGAGAUCACAUAAAGCUCUGGUUUUUGCCUUCAGUCUCCAGAAGCAGAAACCUGUAUCUCUGCCUGAACUUUGCUCAGCCCCUACUUUGUUUUUUUGUUUUUUGCGGUACGCGGGCCUCUCACUGCUGUGGCCUCUCCCGCCGCGGAGCACAGGCUCUGGACGCGCAGGCCCAGCGGCCAUGGCUCACGGGCCCAGCCGCUCUGCGGCACGCGGGAUCCUCCCGGACUGGGGCACGAACCCGCGACCCCCGCAUCGGCAGGUGGACUCCCAACCACUGCGCCACCAGGGAAGCCCUCAGCCCCUACUUUGUACAGCUUUUUUUAGGGUUAUAUGAAUUCUCUUGCGGCUUUGUACUAUGCUCACUUCUUUAUGCUUAGGAAAAAACCCUUGAAAAUUGCUGCCACACAACAUUGGCUGUCCUUUGGGUUCCAUUAGACUUGUUAAAAGAACCCUCUAAACUUUAUCAACGAAAUGACUUUCCUCAGAAUUGAAAAAACAUACAAAUAAAAACAACAAUGACAAAACACACCUCUCCUAGAGGUGUUGACAGAGCCUUAGGGGUGAGUCACCCUGGCAUUCCCAAACAUGUCAAGCUUGUUCCUUCCCUGGGAAGACUGCAUUUGCCAUCCUUUCUGCCUUGGAUGCCGCCCGCACUCCCACCAACCCCUACCCUCCUGGCUGACUCCCUUCUCCUUCAGGUUUCAGCUCACUGGUCACUUCUUCAAAAAAGUCUGCCCUGACCCGACCACUUUAUCCAAGGGUUUCCUCACCCCACUACCUCGGUUUGUUUUCUACAUAAUACUUGAGCAACCCUUUAGGAGACUGAGGUUGAAAAAAUCCCAAUUGUUUGAGAUCACGCACUUAGGAAAUGGGUGACCUGAAUCUAAAAUCCUAGUCUAUAGGUUUCCAAAUGAAGGUCCUUUAUGUUUUUCACUCCUAGCCAGAUUCUGCUAAUCAAAUCAUCUAAUCCACUAGGGAAAAGAAUGUAACAUGUGGUAGAGCGUCCAUGUUUGAAUGUAGAGUACUCAAAGGGCUCUCCAGACUCUCCCAGCUCUACUUCCUUGCCAUCUCCUUUUGAUCCUCUCUCCUUAGUGUUUCAGCUUCAUGAAGAAUCUGAUAAAGCCCUGGCCUGUGAUAAAGGCUGCACACAUAUUGACUAUGGAAACUCUUGAGUUUGAAGUUGUGGAUAAGGGUGACAGUGCUGCCAGAAGGUCUCACAUAACGUUGCAUGUAUUAUGCACUGCACAACUCAAGGGGGCGCCAUUCACAUGGUAUCACAAGCCAAAAGUGGUGGUUCUGUGUGAUAUCAGGAAGGCUUUGUGGGUAAGUGAGGACUUUUCCUUGUGUAACCACAAACAUGGGCAUGCAAUGAAGAGUCCCACCUGUCCCCCUCCAAUCAGUUCUUAAAUCCCUGCACGUUCUCUUGGCUGUAUCUCUCGAGUAGAACUUCCUCUCCUCCAAGACGCUGGCCACCACCUGCCUGCCUGAAUAUAAGAAUCUCUUAUCUGGUCUCCCCAACUGAAGUCUCUCUUCUGGUUUUGCUUCCCAAGGUCCCUAUGAAUUUUAUCGCCCAACUUGAUCAUGCCACGUCCAUGGUCAGAAAUCUUUCAUAGUCUAAAUUAUCUACCAAAUAAAAUACACAUUGUUUAGUAAGGAAUUUAAGACUCUUUGCACUGGCCACAUCUGGCCUCAUCUCAGACAUUUCUCAUCCUUGUACUCUAUAAUGCAGCAAACUGUCAUUUCCACACUCAGUAACUCACUUAUUAUUCCCAGCACUCUGUAAUUCACUUAUUCGCAGCAUACAAUAAACCCUUUCUCACCACAAUACCUUUUCCCAUGCUGUUUUCUCUAUAAUUGUUACUCUUAUCUUCAUACAUCCAAAUCCCACCUAUUUCUCAAGAUCCAGGUAUAAUGCCACCGGAUCUGCCAAAACAAAUGGGAGAGCUCUUUUAUCUGCACACACAUCACACUCCACAUACCCAUCCUUUGGGUAGCAGACAGUUCUUUUUACCUUGUAUUAUCGUCCAGUAGUGUUUUAAUUUCCUCCAAUGCCUCCACAACCCCAUUUAACUAGGAGCACAUUCUCUGAGGGUAGGGACCAAGCCUGAUUCAUUUCAUUUUCCCACGCUAUACGCAGCACAGGGCCAUGGUUGAGUCUCCGCAAGCAGCUGUGGCAUGAUUGAAUAAAAAAUAUAAUCACUGGGACAUUUUGUUGAUUUAUUUCUCCUUCUUUGUCUGUGAGCAUCUGUUUUCCAUUCAAUACAAAGAAGCUUAACUAAAACAUUAGGGCUAUGAAUAAAAACAACCAAAAGUAUAAAAGUGUAGUGAUUCCAGUGUUGUGCUUAAUGAGUUUGGCUCAUAUGUAUAUACAUAUACAUGGUUUGUAUAGCGGGUGGGGGAGGUGCGCUGUGGAAUUAGAAGAGCUAGGUAUAUGCUACAAAGACCAUCUUUAUAUGGAGAGGACACUAUACGUUUAUUUGUGAGUGAAAAGGCUCUCCUAGAAAGGUACUCAACCCGAGGGAAGAGAGAAUUGAGGCAAGCAAACUUUUUCGAAAACCAAACAAUGGAUAUUAGGGAACGGGGGGAGAACUUCAGUAUAAUUGGCUCUGUAUUUUCCAAUUUGUUCUCUGGUUUCACCCUAUCUUUACCAACUUUUGCAGGGGCCCAAGGAACAGAAAGCUGUGAUGAAAAGAGAGAGGGAAAGGGAUAAAAAAUAGAGAUAGGGAUAGAGAUAAAGAUGGAGAAAGAGAUAGGGAUAGAGACAGAGAUACGGGUAGGGGUAGAGAUAG